AUGAACGCCAUCAGACGAAAAAGCUUUAUCUCACUUUUUUCGCACGGGUGGCUUUCGACGUGGCUGACCUGUCCGGGGAGAUUCGACUCUCGGCCGAGAUGUCGGCGCAACUUCAAAAGGCGUGUGAUGGGCGAAUGUGUGAGGUGGCCGCCUGCGGGCCAGGCUGAAAUGAACAUGCGCACAAGCUGGCGGAGGGGCGGAAAAAUGGGAGGAGUACCUGGAGGUGGAGGAUCGGGUCUGUCCAGCUAAUCAAGCAUCAACUUCAUCAUCAUCAUCGCGGAUGCAGCGUGAACAGUUAGUCAUAUAGGAAAUGCAUGGGUAAUCGGAGGGAAAAGGAGCGGCAUGCUUUGAUAAAAUCGAGAUAAAUAUAGUUGGACUGCGUUGGGAAACUUCGAGAAAG